AUGUCAUCUCCUGCUUCAUCCCCUCCAACGCUAGGCUACAUUCAGCAUCCAAUUUCCAAAUUGGACAAGUUAGCUGGCAUCGCAAUCAAGUAUGGUGUUGAGGUUGCAGACAUAAAAAAGAUGAAUGGGCUUUUUACCUUAUAUCCUGUAUGCCAAGGGGACACAUUAUUGAAAAAGUUAUAUCCGGAUUCACAUGAAAACUUCGACCACAAUCCAGCUGAUAAUGCAAGCUGUGAACUGCUUGAAUCAUUCCAAUCCCUGAGAAGGAAGUCCUCCGAGCAGAAGCUCUCUCCCCAGCCAUGAGCUGUUUACGAAGUCACUAAGAACAAAACCAACAAUGAAGAAAUCUGUAUCUGAACUC